CGAGAAAGACCAGCACUGAUCAUGAACCACGAUUCACACUCGAGGCAGUUUGUCUACUUGUUGAUAAAGGAUUAUCUGAAGUUUGCAUUGGAAGGACCUCAGUCAGCUCCUGCGAGCAGCAGCGCGGCUGAAACACUGCGUAAGGCGGCCUCCCUCUUCCAGGGAGUCAGGGAGCAGGAGUUUGAACUCUACAUCAAACAACUCAACAUCACUUCCACAGAGGACGUGAAGCGGGCGUUUCCCAUUCUAAUGAGCGAGAUCUCCUCAGAUGGGAAGGAUAACUGGAGCAGACUUGUGGCUUUGUAUGCUUUUUGUGGAGAGUUAGUGAGGCACUUGAAAAGGAGAGGCAUUCCAGAAGAAGAACUGGUUGAGGACGUGGCUCAGUGUAUGGCUCAUCACACGUGGACCUUCAAAGCUGCGUGGAUCAAGGAGAACGGUAGCUGGGAGAAGGGGUUCGUAGAAUACUUUAAACAGGAAGACACCGGAUUUGUGGAUUAUUUCCGGCAGAAAAGUCCCCUAUUUUCAUAUGCAAAGUUAGCAGUUGUCACGGGGAUUAUUGCUGCAUUCUCCUUUGUGAUUUACCAACACUGAAAACAGGGAAAUGGCUGAGCUCUUUACACAGCGUAACAGCUCAGCGGAAGAACAUUGGCUCCUGACGGGAGAAUCUGCAUUUGGGUUUUAUGAACCUUUUGUAAAGUUUGUUG